CCUAAGUCAGUGUUUUACUUAUCUUCUCUUAUAACAUUGAUUUGAUUGUAUACGACGUAAACAAAAAAACCUUUUUAUCACGAGCAUUGCAGAUGAUUGGGAGUCAGAAGAAGAAAUCUGAACAGAAAACGUUUAGCCUUUAAAAUGUCGAAAUUCGAAUUCGUAAUUGCCUUCUUGUUCUUAGCGCUCAACGUUCAGUGCGCACAGCAUCAACAGGGCGAUUUAAUCGUUGCCAAAGAUGGUACAGGCGAAUUUGACACCAUUCAAGAGGCUCUUAAUUCGGCACCGAAUAAUUCAGUUGUUCCGAUUAGAAUUUAUAUAAAAUCGGGAGAGUAUUUCGAGAAAUUAAUCGUACCAGCGGAGAAGACACAAAUCCACUUCAUUGGAGCCGAUAAGACCUCGACAAUAAUUAAUUACGACGAUUACUCCGGCAAACUGCUGCCAAAUGGUUUGAACCUGACCACCGGUACUUCUUACACAGUUCUGGUACGAGGAAAUGAUUUCUAUGCUGAAGACCUAACAUUCCUCAAUUCAGCUGGAACAAUUGCCCAAGCUGUUGCUCUUCAUGUUGUCGCUGAUCGAGUUGUGGUAAACAAUUGUAACAUUAUCGCAAAUCAGGACACACUAUACCCAACAAUCGAAUCGGAUCGUCCAUCUAGACAAUAUUAUAAGGACUGUUUUAUCGAAGGAACAACGGAUUUCAUAUUCGGUGCAGCCACUGCACUGUUCGAAAACUGUGUCAUACAAUGCCUCAAAAACUCGUACAUCACGGCUGCAUCAACGCCGGAAGGAAAUGGUUUUGGAUUCGUAUUCAAGAACUGUAGUUUAUUGGGCAAUGAAGACGCAACCAGUGUCUAUUUGGGCAGACCAUGGAGACCAUGGGCCCGAACUGUAUUCAUGCAUACGACGAUGGACAGUCACAUUCAUCCGGCUGGUUGGCAUAAUUGGAAUAAUCCGGAUAAUGAGGACACCGCCUUCUAUGCGGAAUAUAUGACACACGGUGUUGAUGUUACGGAAAGGGUGGCGUGGAGCAAACAAUUAACAGACACUGAGGCUGAACUGUAUACAAUGGAAAAUAUAUUUGCUGGUGAAGAUGGCUCGUGGUUACCGAAUUCUUCGGCGAAUGUAUUUCGGUUGGAUUACUUGAACGUUAUGCUCAUAGUCGCAGUUCUUGCAGUUUCUUUACUGUUUUAAAAGCAAAAUUGAAUAGAAAAACAUUUAUAGACAAUUAGAA